AUGCAUUCUGAUAGUCCAGUUAGCACACAUUCUAGUAGUACAGUUAGCACACAUUCUAGUAGUCCAGUUAGCACACAUUCUGAUAGUCCAGUUAGCACACAUUCUAGUAGUACAGUUAGCACACAUUCUAGUAGUCCAGUUAGCACACAUUCUGAUAGUCCAGUUAGCACACAUUCUAGUAGUACAGUUAGCACACAUUCUAGUAGUACAGUUAGCACACAUUCUAGUAGUACAGUUAGCACACAUUCUGAUAGUCCAGUUAGCACACAUUCUAGUAGUCCAGUUAGCACACAUUCUGAUAGUCCAGUUAGCACACAUUCUAGUAGUCCAGUUAGCAUGCAUUCUGAUAGUCCAGUUAGCACACAUUCUAGUAGUCCAGUUAGCACACAUUCUGAUAGUCCAGUUAGCACACAUUCUAGUAGUCCAGUUAGCACACAUUCUGAUAGUCCAGUUAGCACACAUUCUAGUAGUCCAGUUAGCAUGCAUUCUGAUAGUCCAGUUAGCAGACAUUCUAGUAGUCCAGUUAGCAGACAUUCUGAUAGUCCAGUUAGCACGCAUUCUAAUAGUCCAGUUAGCACACAUUCUGAUAGUCCAGUUAGCAUGCAUUCUGAUAGUCCAGUUAGCACACAUUCUGAUAGUCCAGUUAGCACGCAUUCUGAUAGUCCAGUUAGCACACAUUCUGAUAGUCCAGUUAGCACACAUUCUGAUAGUCCUGUUAGCACACAUUCUGAUAGUCCAGUUAGCACACAUUCUGAUAGUCCAGUUAGCACACAUUCUAGUAGUCCAGUUAGCACACAUUCUUAUAAUCCAGUUAGCAAGCAUUCUGAUAGUCCAGUUAGCAGACAUUUUAAUAGUCCAGUUAGCAGACAUUCUAAUAGUCCAGUUAGCAGACAUUCUAAUAGUCCAGUUAGCACGCAUUCUGAAAGUCCAGUUAGCACACAUUCUAGUAGUCCAGUUAGCACACAUUCUAGUAGUCCAGUUAGCACACAUUCUAGUAGUCCAGUUAGCACACAUUCUAGUAGUCCAGUUAGCACACAUUCUAGUAGUCCAGUUAGCACACAUUCUAGUAGUCCAGUUAGCACACAUUCUGAUAGUCCAGUUAGCACGCAUUCUGAUAGUCCAGUUAGCACACAUUCUGAUAGUCCAGUUAGCACACAUUCUGAUAGUCCAGUUAGCAUGUAUUCUGAUAGUCCAGUUAGCACACAUUCUGAUAGUCCAGUUAGCACGCAUUCUGAUAGUCCAGUUAGCACACAUUCUGAUAGUCCAGUUAGCACACAUUCUGAUAGUCCAGUUAGCACACAUUCUGAUAGUCCAGUUAGCACACAUUCUGAUAGUCCAGUUAGCACACAUUCUAGUAAAAAGAUUCAGAUAGAUGGUGCUUGUGUGAAUGUGGACAUUUGGACCAGAAAAGAUUCAGAUAGAUGGUGCUUGUGUGAACGUGGACAUUUGGAUCAGAAAAGAUUCAGAUAG